CCUUGAUGGACCAUCCAACGGCAAGGGCGCCAGCAGAUCUCGUCUCGGACCUGCAACAGCACCCACGAUCACCGCCCUGUGCCACGUCGUGUGGGUUGCAGUCCGCCUAGAAGCUCAGCGCUCCUCCAAUCGAGGAUACGUCGGCAGCGCUUGCUCCAAGCAGCAUGGAUGGCUGCAAACAUGUCGCAGAGCGAAAAAGGCCGGAGCAUGUAAACCGCCCAGUAAAGUUGCGGGGGCGGGACGCCGGUGCAUUAGCUGAACGUGGGGGAAGUGAGGGGUCGCUCGUCCGCGACUUGGACUCGCACCUUAAUCCGUCGCAUCUUGAGGCCUCUCGAACAGAUCCUCUCUUUGCCAUAGGCAGGAUGUCUCUCGCGUCCGCGUCUGUUUGACCUGCGGCGUCACAUCCCGCAUCGGACAUCCAGCUUAGCACAUGCCAUUAGCUGAGUCAAUUUGUCUUGAGGGUGGAGGGGCGCGAUAUCGCUUUCCGUCUAUCUCGGAGUGUCGUUCCUGGAGAGCCGGCCCAAACGUGCAACCUUCUACCCGUCGUGGCGACUUCGACAUCGGACGUAGCUAACAAUGCAAUGCGGGGGAUACUUGGUUGGUAUAUAACCUUUGUCGGCCGUCGCGUUUGUGUACUUGUUCGUUAUGUCCAGAUCCUCUCGCUCCGACCUCAGGCUUUCUGAAAUAGUCGGCUGCUUCCCAUCCUUUUCCAAAACGUUCGCGCCGUAUUGAACCAUCCUUUGCUCAAUAUUGUCCCUCCGCCAUGGCUCCUUCUGCAAUCGAGAAGAUCACGUCGACGGUGUCCUCCUUCGCGUCUGAUAGACUCCGCAUCCUUGUUCCUGAGAAGGUUUCUUCAGAUGGCCUUGCCCUGCUGAAAGACAAAUACGAUGUUGACAACCGCGCGGGGUUGUCUCCCGAAGAGCUCAUCGAAGCGAUCCCCAACUACCACGCACUGAUUGUACGGUCUGAGACGAAAGUGAAUGCGGAUGUGCUUGCUGCCGGCAGAAAGCUCCGCGUUGUCGCACGAGCCGGCGUGGGCGUGGACAACAUUGACGUCGACGCAGCGACAAAUCAGGGUAUCAUUGUCGUCAACUCGCCUUCUGGCAACAUCGUUGCUGCUGCUGAGCACACGAUUGCCCUCCUCCUCGCCACGGCUCGCAAUGUCGGCCGCGCAGAUACCACAAUGAAGGAUGGGAAGUGGGAGAGAGGCAAGCUUGUUGGUGUCGAAGUUGGCAAUAAGACCCUCGGUAUCAUCGGCCUCGGAAAGGUGGGAAUGAAGGUUGCCCGAAUGGCCAUAGGCCUCGGCAUGAAAGUGAAGGCGGUCGAUCCGUAUGCCAGUGCAGAGAUUGCCGGUCAAGCCAACGUCGAGCUGGUAGCUGACCUCAAGAGUCUGUUGCCGAUUGUAGACUUCUUGACCAUUCACACUCCGCUGAUGGCGAGUACACUCGACUUGCUGAGAGAAGAAGAAUUCCAGCAGAUGAAGAAGACUGCCAGAGUCCUCAAUGUUGCGAGAGGCGGCGUAUACAACGAGGCAGCGCUUCUUCGUGCGUUGGAUGAGGGAUGGAUCGCCGGAGCUGGUCUCGAUGUCUUCACGGCAGAGCCACCAGUCGCUGAGUCGACAGCCUCGCAGCUGACCCGGCACCCCAAGGUGGUCGCCACCCCUCACCUGGGAGCCUCUACUAUCCUCCGCGGUGGAUUGCCAACAGCAGCCGUCAAUGCACCAUUGAUCAUGCCGGAGGAGUAUCGCAAGUUGCAACCGUUUGUGCGUCUUAUCGAAAAGAUGGGCGGGCUAUAUACGCAGCACUUUGUCGGUAGUCGAGGUGGUAUGAUUGGUGGCCGGAAAUUCGAGCUCAUCUAUCAGGGCGACCUGGCGGGCAUCUCCAACACACGACCAUUGUACGCCGCGCUGGUAAAGGGACUCGUCUCAUCCAUCAGCGACUCAGGCGGCCGAGAUGUCAACAUCGUGAAUGCCAGCCUGACGGCUAAGGAGAAAGGCAUCAUCAUCAGCGAGACGCACAGCGGAGAAGCGAAGAACGCAGUGUAUGCCAGCUUGGUGACGCUCCGAUCACACGGCGCAGAUGGCGAGCAGGUCAUCGAGGGAUACGUGUCGGGGCAGAGCAUCUACAUCUCGAAGCUAGACCGAUUCAGCGCAACUUUCCAGCCGCACGGAACGAUGUUGGUGCUGCACAACUAUGACGAGCCGGGCAAGAUUGGCGGUGUCGGUAUGGUGCUGGGCCAGCAUGGGAUCAACAUCACCUUUAUGCAGGUGGCCAGCUUGGACGGCGAGGAGAGGAGGGCAGAAGGAGGCAAUGAGGCAUUGAUGAUACUGGGCGUUAGGGGAGAGAUAAGCGGGAAAGUGGUGGACGACUUGCAGCGAGAAGAGGGUAUCUUGAACGUGAGCUUGGUGAGGUUGUGA